UUCGCCACUGCAUAGCAACUCUUCUAAACCCUAAAACCUCUAAUAGCUCUUCUCCCUCCCUCCACCUCAAUCGCCGAACGACGAUAAUCGAGAAAAAAAAAAUGGCGGAACUAAAGCUAUCUGAGAGCCGCGACCUAACAAGAGUGGAGCGAAUCGGCGCGCACUCGCACAUCCGAGGCCUGGGACUCGACUCAUCCCUCGAGCCACGAGCCGUCUCCGAAGGAAUGGUAGGCCAAGUGAAGGCCCGCAAAGCCGCCGGCGUAAUCCUCCAGAUGAUCAAAGAAGGCAAAAUCGCCGGCCGGGCCAUCCUAAUCGCGGGGCAGCCCGGAACUGGCAAAACCGCGAUCGCGAUGGGAAUGGCGAAAUCCCUCGGACUGGAGACGCCCUUCGCGAUGAUCGCGGGGAGCGAGAUAUUCUCCCUGGAGAUGUCGAAGACCGAGGCUUUGACUCAGUCUUUCCGCAAAGCGAUCGGUGUGAGGAUCAAGGAGGAGACCGAGGUUAUCGAAGGAGAGGUCGUUGAGGUUCAGAUCGAUAGGCCUGCUUCUUCGGGUGUUGCGUCCAAGUCCGGGAAGCUGACUAUGAAGACGACGGAUAUGGAGACUGUGUACGAUAUGGGGGCGAAGCUGAUUGAGUCUUUGAAUAAGGAGAAAGUGCAGAGCGGUGAUGUGAUUGCGCUUGAUAAGGCGACUGGGAAGAUUAGUAAGCUUGGGAGGUCGUUUUCGAGGUCUAGGGACUAUGAUGCUAUGGGUGCUCAGACUAAGUUUGUGCAGUGCCCUGAAGGGGAGCUGCAGAAGAGGAAAGAGGUUGUGCAUUGUGUCACUCUUCAUGAGAUUGAUGUUAUCAACAGCAGGACGCAAGGGUUUCUAGCCCUAUUCACGGGUGAUACAGGAGAAAUCCGAUCAGAAGUUCGUGAACAGAUCGACACGAAAGUAGCGGAGUGGAGAGAAGAAGGCAAAGCUGAGAUAGUCCCCGGUGUUCUCUUCAUCGACGAAGUCCACAUGCUCGACAUUGAAUGCUUCUCAUUCCUCAACCGAGCCCUCGAGAACGAAAUGUCACCGAUCCUCGUCGUGGCGACGAACCGAGGAGUCACGACAAUCCGCGGAACUAACCAGAAAUCACCUCACGGGAUCCCGAUCGAUCUCCUCGACCGUCUCCUCAUCAUCUCGACUCAGCCUUACACGGACGAAGACAUAAGGAAAAUCUUGGAGAUACGUUGCCAAGAAGAAGACGUUGAGAUGAACGAGGAGGCGAAGCAGCUAUUGACUUUGAUCGGGCGCGAUACUUCUCUGAGGUAUGCGAUUCAUCUGAUAACAGCUGCUGCGUUGUCUUGCCAGAAGCGGAAAGGGAAAGUUGUGGAGAUUGAGGAUGUCAACAGAGUUUAUCGAUUGUUCUUGGAUGCGAGGAGGUCGAUGCAGUACCUUGUUGAGUAUCAGAGUCAGUAUAUGUUCAGCGAACCUAUCGAAGCUGAUGGAGAAGAGGAACAAGACGCUAUGCAGAGCUGAAGAUUCUAUCUUUGUUUGCUCUUUUUAUUACGUGUGCUCUGCGGUGUUAUCGAUCUAUGACUCGGUCUCUUUUAUGUUUGGUUUCUUUUCAAGUUGUAAUGAAUGUUUUAACUAUGGAUCGUUGUAGUAAGACUUGGAUAUUUGUUUCGUAUCCAAUAGUAUGUAACUUCAAAUUACUCUU